GGCCGUUCUAUACAAUUGGGAGAGAAAUGGCGGCGGGCUUGGGUGGGCACCAGCCUUGGUACUCGAGGACCGCUGUUCCGUCAACGCAGCUGAACCGCAGCCUGGAAAGGGUGCUGGAGGAGGCUGUUCAUUCGGGGAUUCUCAAUCUAAGCGGGCGGAAGCUUAAGGAGUUCCCUGCCGUCAACUACGAUUUGACAGAUACGGUGCAGGCAGAUCUCUCAAAGAACAGAUUUAUUGAAAUUCCACAAGAGGUUUGUUUGUUCGCACCACUGGAGACAUUACAUUUGUAUCACAAUUGCAUUAAGUGCAUUCCAGAAACAGUUGUUAAUCUGCAAAUGCUAACUUUUCUAAAUAUUAGUCGAAAUCUUCUAUCAACAUUGCCAAAAUAUCUGUUUAAUCUUCCACUUAAAGUUUUAGUUGUGAGUAACAAUAAGCUAGUUUCCUUACCAGAGGAAAUUGGAAAGCUUAAAGAUCUAAUGGAAUUGGAUGUUAGCUGCAAUGAGAUUCAAAUCCUUCCUCACCAAAUGGAAAAGCUUCAGUCACUUAGAGAAUUAAAUAUUAGAAGAAAUCAUCUGCAGGUAUUACCUGAAGAAUUGGCCGAACUUCCCCUCGUAAAAUUAGACUUUUCCUGCAAUAAAGUGACCAAAAUACCCACCAGUUUUAGAAAGCUCAAAUACCUUCAGGUUAUAAUAUUAGAUAACAACCCAAUGCAAUCUCCUCCAGCACAGAUUUGCCUCAAAGGAAAAGUACAUAUAUUCAAAUUCCUCAAUAUUCAAUCAUGUCGCAUAGACAAGAAGCCAGAUUCUUUGGAUCUUCCCUCUUUGGAUAAGAGAGCACAUCCUCAAGCUCUGACGGACAGCAUGGAAGAUUUUUAUCCAGUUAAAAACCAUGGUCCUGAUUCAGGCAUUGGUAGUGAUAAUGGUGAUAAGCGGUUGUCUACAACUGAACCCUCAGAUGAUGAUACAGUUAGCAUACAUUCACAGUUAUCUGAAAUAGCCAAGGACAUUCCUCUGAAAUCAGACAAUCAUUUAACUGGAAAUAAAGUGAAUUCCCAUAAAAGCUCAGUGGAUCAGGAGCAUUUUGACUUUAUUGAGAAUGCAGAAGAAGAAGAAACACCAUCAUCUGAAACAGAUGUUCAUCUAAGUGCUCCGUUUGUGACCUGUAUAAAAGACCAAGGAAAGCUGCCUGAAAAAUCACAGCUUAUGGAAGAAAAUAAUUGGGAAGAUAAACCAAGGCGCUCAAGUGAAAUGCAACAAAUAUUUCGAGAUGAGGAUGAGUUGAAGGAAGUUAUGGAUUUGCGUAAAAUAGCAGCUCAAAUAUUACAGCAGGAACCACAGAACAGACGGAGGCCAGUAACUUUUAAAGCAUCAUUCAAUGAAAACUUUAUCCAGAGGAGAAGGGCAGCAGGACCAGGAUCAAGACUGUUAAUACACUCAUCAUUAAGUGGAAGAGACAAGAAGAAAAAAACAUUGGAAUCUAAUAGUAGAUCAACAGAUAAAAUAGAUUCACCAGGAUCACUCUUCAGCUGUCGGUCAACAGGUGUUUCUGACGAAGUUGAUAAACAAGAUGUGAAUAAUACAGAUCUAAAGUAUGGUGAGGUGCAGCGACCUGUAGAAUGGCAUCAUGAAGAAAGGAGACACAUUAAGCAGAUCAGAAAAGAUCAGAUGAAGCAACUAAAAUCCUCAAAAAAGAAUAAAGAGGAAUUUGCAUAUGAAAAUGAGUCAGAUAUUGAAACUACAUCCAUGCCUUCGACAUCACCUGUUCAGAUCACAUCCUCUUCCCCUUCUGUCCAGGUUAUACGUAGCCAAUCUUUUGAGGAGGAAGGUAGGUUCAUUGCCUUCUCCACACCACCCUCAGCAGUACCUUUUGGUCUCAAACCUCGAUCUGCUUUCACCCGUCCAUCUCGUCAGGAAUUUGGAGCUAUGGACCCAGGAUUUACUAUUCGAAGGAAGAUGGAACACCUAAGAGAAGAAUUGGAACAGAUUAGGCAGCUUAAACAGAACCUUGAAUUAAGAUUAAAAGUAGUUUUACCAGAAGACAUCGGCGCAGCAUUAAUGGAUGGGGUGGUACUGUGCCAUCUUGCCAAUCAUAUUCGUCCACGAUCAGUGGCCAGCAUCCAUGUCCCAUCACCAGCCGUGCCUAAACUGAGUAUGGCAAAGUGCAGAAGAAAUGUUGAAAAUUUUCUUGAGGCUUGCAGAAAACUAGGAGUUCCAGAGGAUAAACUUUGUCUGCCUCAUCAUAUAUUGGAAGAACGUGGAUUGGUGAAAGUGGGUUCAACAGUUCAAGCUCUACUUGAAUUACCUACAUCUAAACAUACGCAGUUAUCUGCUGUGUAAUUGAUGUUUCAGUUCUUGGCCACUUAUAUAGUUAACACAUUCAUAAUUUCUGUUGUCUAGUGAAGUCCAAACAAGGCUAUAUUCAAAACUCGUGCUGUGGCAAUAACAUUUAACUUGGCACUUUUCUUUUUAAAACAAAAUUCAGUCUCAUAAAUUUCACUGUUUAAACAGUAACUUGUAUAAAAUAGCAGUGUUUGUCUGCCUGGGCAGAUAAUUUCACCCAACUUGCCAUAGCUACCAUACCAUAAAGAACAAGUUACUUGGUCUUUGCACAAUGUCCAUAAACCAGAUGCUCCUUCCACCAAUAUUUAAAAAGUGAAUACAUUAUUGUGACCUCAUCCAUUUAAAUGUUCAUACUGUUAGGAAGUUCUGCUCCCUCUAGAUGUACAAAAUUUUUUGUUCAUUUAACCCACUCUUGCAGAAAAAUCUUAUUUGGUGCCAUAAAGAUCUUUGAAUCAGUUUUUUGUAUAAUCUGACCACCACAUGUUGCCUUCCUAUUUGUGAUUUUUAUCUAGAUAUGUAAGUUGAUCAAUUUUAAAUUCAGUUGUUACUCCAUGUUUUUUUAAGAGCUACUGGAUUUUUCUACCCUUUUUGGCUACCAUUUCAUGGAGAACUAAUAUAAAUUUAUUGCCAAGAAACUUUUCAGUUUUAAACAUUAUUGACUUUAUAAUUUCCUUGAGAAAUGUCAGGUUUGCUUAUACUGGUUAAGACUGGCUAACACCAAAGGGUUGGAAGCAUUCUUGGCUUCCAUGUUGUGUGAUGGGUUUCUUCAAACCGAGGAAAACUUCAAUAAUUAAUUCAGUAAAACUGCCUGCAAUUCCUAAAUUAAGAAUUGUGCAAAGCUACAGGAGACAUGAAACGUUCUUAUAAACUUGUAUAUCUGAUCAUUGCACAGAAAAGGACUUUUGGACAAUAUGAUAUGGUGUUGGAUGCUAAGCUAUGAGCAGAUGCUAAACUCUGACCGUUGGCAUUAAUUGAGAUAAUAGACAGUCUUAAACAAACCUUUCAGCUUGUAGCAAGCCAUUUGCUGGUUAACCAAGGCAUCAUUCAAAACUGCAUGUGCUCUUCAUUUUUUUUUCUAUUUUUAUAUCAAUAAGUUUGAAGACUGCCUGUAGUAAAUUUUAUUACUGACCUUUUCAACCUUUUUCAUAAAGAGAGCAUCUAAUCUUGUUAGUAAAUGUUUUUAGACAGUGCUCUUUGGUUUGAAAUCCACAUGUAAGGAAAACUGAUUACUAAUAAACACUAACAGGGUGAUUACAAGUGGUUACAAUUAAGUCCAAGUUUCCGUAGUGAAACUUUUCCUCUUUAAAGCCUAGUACAUUGCAAGAUUAUGGUAAUCUAUUAUGAACAAAGUACCUUUUGAACAAGCAUUUGCUUAUUUUUUAAAUAUGUAGAUACUCCAUGUGAUUUUAGUAUUUACCUUCUGGACAUAAUUUAGAGCCUUCACUGAAUCCAGUUGCACCACUCGGGAUUUAGGAGUGUAAAAGUUAAAAUCCAGGCAAGAUAUGAGAUUCAUCUACUAAAACUGAGACAAAAGCAACCUAAAGUAACAAGGUGUACAAAAAAGGAAGGUACAGUUGUCAAAAAAUGUUUAGACAAUUAUUUGUUUAUCACUUAGCAUCAUAACACAGCCCAUUGACCAUUGAGGAUAAUUGCUGAACAAGUUUUAUUUUAAAAAAACAUAUUUUGGAAUACUGUCUGUUGGUUCAAAGUUUGACUAGAAAGCUUUGAUUUGCAAUAAUUAUAUUGAUUUGUCAUGUUAAAUUUAAUCAUCCUCAGUUUUGAUUUAUUUAUUGUCAAAUGUAAUAUGUUUCAUGUUCUGAUAUGGAAGUAAGCCAUUCAGUAUAUAGUGGCUCUCAGAACAACCACAUCAAUCCCUUACUCUAACUUGCUUCCCUGUAACCUAUUCUCUGCCAUGUCCAUUUACUCCUCACCUUGUCCAAUUUCCCUACAAUUCGUCUAUAUUAGAUCAUUUGCAAUAGUUAAUUAACAUGCCAAUCAACAUGUCUUUCCAAUACGGGAGAAAAUGUCAUCUCUCGGAGAACAGAUAUCCAUGUCUUUAAGAACAUAAAUACUCUGCAUAGCACUGGAUGUCAGAAUUGAGUCUGGGCUACUAGAGUUAUCUGUUCCAUCGCUGUGACCCCUCCCCAGCUGUACCGUCACCACCUUUGUGCUGAGCUGAUAUUGAACUUUUCCCUUCUGUUUACUGAGAUGAAGGUAUGAGUUUAUGUCAUCCAGCCAUCUCACUAAAAGUUAAUUAGUACCGUUUAGAGUCUAGAUUUUUGAAAGUAAAAUACCCACAUGGCUCCACAUCAGAGCAAGAUGCGUUCUGUAGUAAUGACAAUGAGCCUACUCCAGAACUGGACUGAUUUAUUAAUCUAGUGGGGUCUGACCAGGGUCCUAUAUAGCUGCAACAUUACCUCUCAGCUCCUAAACUCAGUUCCAUGAUUGAUGAAGACCAAUACAACAUACGCCUUCUUAACCACAGAGUCAACCUGUGCAGCUGCUUUGAGUGUCCUAUGGAUUCAGACCCCAAAUUCCCUCUGAUUCUCCACACUGCCAAGAGUCUUACCAUUAAUACUGUAUUCUGCCAUCAUAUUUGACCUACCAAAAUGAACCACUUCACAUUUAUCUGGGUUGAACUCCAUCUGCCACUUCCUCAGGCCAGUUUUGCAUCCUAUCAGUGUCUCUCUGUAACCCCUGACAGCCGUCCACACUAUCCACAACACCUUCACCCUUUGUGUCAUCAGCAAACUUACUAACCCAUCCCUACACUUCCUCAUCCAGGUCAUUUAUAAAAAUCAUGAAGAAUAAGGGUCCCAGAAUAGAUCCCUUGAGGCACUCCACUGGUGACCGACCUCUAUGCAGAAUAUGACCCAUCUAUAAUCACUCUUUGUCUUUUUGUGGGCAAGCCAGUUCUGGAUCCACAAAACAAUGUCCCCUUGGAUCCCAUGCCUCCUUACUUUCUCAAUAAGCCUUGCAUGGGGUACCUUAUCAAAUACCUUGCUGAAAUGUAUACACUACAUCUACUGCUCCACCUUCAUCAAUGUGUUUAGUCACAUCCUCAAAAAAUUCAAUCAGCCUCAUAAGGCACGACCUGCCCUUGACAAAGUCAUGCUGACUACUCCUAAUCAUAUUAUACCUCUCCAAAUGUUCAUAAAUCCUGCCUCUCAGGAUCUUCUCUAUCAACUUACCAACCACCGAAGUAAGACUCACUGGUCUAUAAUUUCCUGGGCUAUCUCUACUCCCUUUCUUGAAUAAAGGAACAACAUCAGCAACCCUCCAAUCCUCCAGAACCUCUCCAGUCCCCAUUGAUGAUGCAAAGAUCAUUGCCAGAGGCUCAGCAAUCUCCUCUCUCGCCUCCCACAGUGGCCUGGGGUACAUCUCAUCUGGUCCCAGUGACUUAUCCAACUUGAUGCUUUCCAAAAGCUCUAGCACAUCCUCUUUAAUAUCUACAUGUUCAAGCCUUUCAGUCUGCUGCAAGUCUGAAAAUCAUGGUUGAUCUACCUCAGAACAAUCCUCCCGCACUAUCCCCAGAUCUCUUGAAAUCAAGCCACAAAUUGAUGCCUAUUCUGAAUGAACUCUGAACCUCCGCAUUUCAUUCUGGUAGAGACUUCCAAUGAUUAAACUACCUUUGAAUUAAGAAGUUUUCAUUUCAGUUCUAGGCUCUACACUCAGAAAAAUCCACCCUGUUUAAUCCUGUAAUACUUAGUAAAUUUCAAUGUCAUCUUUAAUUUUUUUUCUAAGCUGAAAAUACAAGCCAUUUCCAAUUGAUUUCCCAUUCCCAUUCUCACUUGUUGAUCCAUAGUCACCUCUACUGCCAUAACGCCAAACUCGGGCUGGAAGAGCAGCACUUCAUAUUUCAACAAAUAGAAUGAACGUCAAUUUCUCUGACUUCUGGGAAUUCCUCCUUCUCUCGUUCUCUUUUUUCCAUUCCCCAUUCUAGUUUCCAUCUUAACUGCCCAUCAUCUCCUUCCCUUUCAUCCAUUGUCCACAGUCCUAUCCUAAUCAUUUUUUUCUUCAGCCCUUCUUUCAUCUACCCUCUCCCUGUUUCUUAUUUCACCUCCUCCUCCCACCCACACCAUUUGAUUUGAGCUUAUGUCCCUUUCCUUUCCAGUACUGAUGAUGAGUCUCAGCCCAAAAUCAACAAUUUAUUCCCUUCCAUUGAUGCUGUUUGACUUCUUCACUUCCUCCAUCAUUUUGUGUGUGUUGAACACAAGCCAGGUCUGUUUAAUUCUACAAGCCAGGGAUCAAUUUAAUGAAUUGUCAUUACACUUCUGUGACAAGUAUAAAACCUCUUUUGGGAUAAGGAAAUCAGCAGUAGAUUUUGGAUAUUAUUUGCCAGUUAUACAUUGUAGGUUAGU